AUGGAUCCGUCCGGGAUUGUUUUUUCCGAGAGUAAACGAGAGUUUUUGCGUCGUCGUCAUCAUCAACGAAAACACGGCAGCAGAGGUUUGAUCAAUAGCUAUGGGGAAUGCGAUGUUGGUGUCGCCAUCACCAACAUUCUGCAUAAUCUUUCAUGCUUUACGUAUGACGCUGAAAUCGCCUGGAUUAUUAUGCGAAUUGCAUUUAUUGUCUUCUAUGUAGGACAUUUGUACCGGAACGCGGAUGCUGACAAUGUUGCAAUACGUCAAGGACCACGUCCUGGCGUGGACUUCAUUGGUCCACUCUGGUUACCGCGUACGUACAAAGUCACAUGUUGUAGAGGAGGUCAACCGAUGGCGGAAAAUGCCGAGCUAAUUACAAAUUGGACCCAAAAAGCAUCCGAUUAUGCGAUUGAUGAACACGCUCCGGAUGGAGAUGAUGAUCAUUGCAGAGUGUUUGAGGGCACAUUUCUGCUGUCAGCAGCAGCUCUGUACAAUUUUAGUUUCACUGGUUAUGGUGUCCAGUGUAAAUGUCCAGAGAAUACGGAUGUGUUGGACAGGCACUGUAGACGUUUGGCACCGUGCCAAAAUAACGGGUAUCGCUCUCAAUCGCUAGGAAUGAUGUGUGCGUGUAGUGAACCGUAUUUUGGGGAGUUUUGCGAUAAAAUUUGUGAUCAGGGUCAAGUCCUAAAAGGCGUCGAUGGCCGAAGCUACUGUAGCUGCCUACCGUUCUAUCAGGGUGAACAGUGCACGGAUAUGGUGUGCUUAAACGGUGGUGUGGAGGUUCACGGACGAUGCACUUGUCCUCCAACGUUCGUCGGUUAUCAUUGUGAAGUGGAUGCGAAUCGCACCGCACAACAUGGAUCACGAUUUCAUCGCUUUGGCGAGAACAACGAACUCUUCAGUCGUGACAUCAGCGGAACCGUAUUCAGCUUGGUUAUGAUCAUCGUAUUGGUCGUAUCGAUGUAUUUGCUGAUGAAGCAUAGGAUGCAGGUACAAUCACGAUUUGCCGCUUCUCGUCGUGAAGAGAUGGCACGAGCGGCGGCCGCGUACGGGAUCACACGACGUGGAGAUGUGAUCGCUCCGGAAGAUCUACGGAUUGCACCGUUCAUCGCGGCCGGUAUCGAUGGGCCUCCACCAUAUAUGUUACAUACGUAUACUAAUCGAAUGCGUAAUGAAAUACUACCACCUCUUCCCACUUAUGAGGAUGCGACAAAAGAACCUCCUAUAAGGUUGACUUCACCCGGUGAGUCUUCGGAUCCACCACCACCACCACCUCCUCCAGCAACACCAUCGCCACCUGAAGAGCCAUCCAGCAGCUCCGAUGCCUCCUCCGCUCCGCCCGUCAUCGGCACUUCAACGACAAACCAUCAUCAUCGAAGCGACGUGAUUGAACGGCGUUUUGAGACGCCAAUAAUUUCCAGAAGCAUCAGUACCCGGAGAAGUUUGUAG